AUGGACGGGGCCUGGCAGGCCUACCGCGACAGCGGGUACGACAGUGUGAGAGGGCCCUGGACGCGCAACCGACGGAUACAGGCGGAGAUCGAGGGCUACGUGAUCAUUUCGCAAUAUAUAGGUAUGCAUUGCAUUGCAUAUGACGGAGAAAGAGGGAAGGCAUCAAGGAAGGGACGCAACGCACACGUGUCUGUGUAUCUGUCCGCCUUGGUUGUGCCUCCACCCCACCUGUUCAGCUUUCUGAGUGAGGCCGAUUGCGUGGCCUUGGAGCAGCAGCAGCCACCACCCCUACCGCCGUCGCCGCCACCCGAGGGCCCAUCGGCUUUGCCAGCGGCUCACGAGGCGCCUGCCUCUGCACCAGCGGCCGACGAUGGCGAGGUCGAUGAGUGGUGCAAGCGGCACCAGCAGGAGGCCGAGGAGUACGAGAGGAACAUGGCCAAGUACGCCGACGUCCUCCCCGACUGGACCAAGUCCCGGCCUUUCCUGCGCGAAGAGGAGCCGGUGGAGCCCGAGAGCGGCGACAAGGGGCAGGAGAGGCAGGAGAUAGAGAGGCAGCCAACGUCGGCGGAGGUGUGGGACGGUGGCGGAUGUGUUCCGUAUCCGAGCCGGCAUGCUGCACGACCUGUCCCUACCGCCACCAGACGUCGGCUGCAGCGGAUCAGCCAGACCCUACCGACACCGGGCGAGUAGCGAAGCGAUGGAAGGUACGCAAGCACGGCCACUGAUAGAGCAGGGGUCAGUCAGAGAGCCGGGCGUGGCUUGCAGGGCAGGUGAUCACAAUGGCGUUUCCUCAUCCGCGAUGAGCGGCAACAGGGCGGAUCAGAUUCAGCCGGUGUGUCAGCCACCGAAGAGCAGCACAGACUGUCAAGUGUCAAGGCAUGCACUGCCUUCCAUGUGUGUGCGUGUUGUUUGAUGCAGACGUCGCACGGUGGUGGUGGUGAGCUCUCAUGGGACUCUGAGGAGGUGCAAGAGUGCGUUAAGCACCUCUCGUUGGUGGAAUUGUCACAGGUAGGUGCACCGCACCCAUCGUACACACGGCUGGCACCGAAGACACCCAUCCAUGUGUGCGUGCAGGAGGUGCCUGCACCGGCCCUUUCCACCCUAUCCCAUCGCCCCGACGAGCCCAUGACGUCAGGCGAACCAUCGACAUGGGAGCGUAGAGGCCAUGGCCUGCUGCACGCACCAGCGACAUCACCCCGCAGUGAGACACAGGUACCUGCAACGCAUACGAAAUACAGACGAAUUGGACACACAAGUGCCGUGUGUCGUUGUCGGUCUCAAGGAUCGUUGCCUACAUUUUAUAUUUGUCGGCCUAUUUUCCUCGUGACUCCGCAUCCACCACCGAGAAGGUAGGACUACACGUCGAGUGGGUUUCGAGAGGGCAUCUUUGACUGCAGGCUCGGCAUGAUGGCGAUGCUCUGCUCCGCACAUCAGCCAGGUACACUCGCUGCAUGGAUCCAUUCACGUAUUCCUAUGUGUUUAUGUAUGUGUUCUGUCCAACAGGCGUCUCACUCAUGUCGUUCUGCAAGCGACAUGAAGCCCGUUCGGCCCCUCGUCAAGCUCGUGAUGGCCGUCGACGGCUGGUACGGCACGAGGCCGUGCUUUGUUGCGAUGCCGUGUCGUCGUUCAAGUGUCUGAGGCAGCUCACAGGGGGCAGGGGGGAGUUUUCUGUCGUUGACGGGGUUUUGACGAGGGGCGACACGAGACUGUCCGCGGUGGCCAAGUACCUGAGUCGCGACCAGCGGCAAGAGGGCAGCGAGAGGGCAGCACAUCUGCGUGAGCGUCUGGAGGAGGAGGCCGCGAGAAUGAGGGACGUGGUCCGUGCCGCCAAGCCCGUGCCACAGUACAAGAUCGACCACCUCUUCGACGGCCAUGUGGAGCCGACGGGCAGUGCCGUCCUCGCGCCUGAGGUGCUGGUGUUUGCCGACGACCUCGAGAGGCUCCGGCCGGUGGUGACGGCGGAUGGGCAGACACUCCGUGGGGCUGGUGCGUGCUUAGUGAUGACCAAACUCGGCGAGGGUGAGUCCGUCCGCCCGAGACACCGGCACCAAUCACACUCACUGCAUGAAUGCGUCCAUUAUCCCUCUGUGUUUGUGAAUGUAUUCUGUCCGACAGGCGUGUCACUCAUGUCGUUGUGCAAGCGCCUGAAGCCCGUCCGGCCCCUCAUCAAGCCCGUGAUGGCCGUCAACAUGAUCCUCCUCCUCGAGGCCCUCCACAAGCAGACGAACAUCACCCACGGGGACAUGCACGGCGCCAAUAUGGUGGUGCUGGAUGAGAGGACGGGCGAGCUGGGGCUGAUCGACUUCGAGACGGCCCGAAACAUGGCCCACAGUCAGCACACCAAGCUGGCCAGCCGCCCUCGUGCCCCCUGCACGACCAUCGACAACCUCAAGGCCAUCAUGGAGGGUCGAAGCAUGGUGGACGAGACCGUGUCCUUCAACUCCGACGUCGUGUCCGUGGCGUGCAUGUUGGUGAACCUGGCGUUUGACGGCUGCAUAUCGGCGCUGUUCACCUACGACAUGGCCCGCAACACGAUCCAGGAGGUCGUCGACGCAUGCGAGAGCUGCAAGAUCAUCAACAUCGAGGAGGCCAAGGACGCCUAUAUCGCCGCCGUCAACACAGUACACACCAAGGCCACCGAGAAGCUGGUCCACGACACCUACAUGACCCCCUCCACCGCCCCGCUCUGCCAGAAGGCCCUCGACACCUACAGGGACGUCUGCAGCGGCCAUGCCAACGGGCUGGGCGCAGAGCAGCUGCGGGACAUGCUGCGGACAUGCUGCUGCGGCAAAAAAAUGCUGUGUAUCUCCGAUCGCUGCCUGCAUUUUAUAUUUGUCGGCCUGUUGCCCUCGUGUCUCCGUAUCCAUCAUCGAGGACUGGCAUGAAGCGGCCAAGGAGCAAUGAGUCAAGAGGCUCUACAAGCGUUGUGGAGGUGAUGGAGAAGACGCUCGACGCGCUUGAUGAGGCAGAGCGCGACAUCGAGGCCACGCUGGAGCAACUGCAUGACAGGCCGUAAGCGACCCAGUCAGUAAUAUCCUUCCUCCACGUGACACGAGCAAGGUAGGACGUGCAUGUUGAAUGAAACUCGAGAAGACUCUGUGUCGUGCGUGCUGCAGGCGCAAGAGAUACGUCAGCUAGGAAGGGACCGACGAUUGAAGCCUGCUGUGUGGCGUGGUGGUCAUGCCCUCCUGCUUUGCCGUCUGAAGCAGACAUGUCGGACCGACAUGAAUAUCCGCACAUCAACCCGGUGAGGGAGCUGCACUUCAUCUCUACGUCAAUCUGCAUCUGUGUUUGUCCAGAUGUUUGAGGACAUCGAGAGUCGAACAAAGUGCUCUUCGAGCCACAUUCACGAGCCUGAGAGGGCCGCACAUGCGAGAACAUCCCUCGCACGAGAACGGAGCUGUACCCGUAUGUUGGGGUGAAGGAGGGAUGGUGCGUGGGCAAAAUGCAUGCGUCCAGAUGGUUUGUGUUUGCAGCGAGGAAGAUGAUGAGUACGCCUCCCUCAAAAAGGCCAAGGGCAAGAAGGGCAGCCCAAGAAGCCCAUCAACCGGCAGCAGCAGGAGCGGGCCAACACGACCCAGCAGCAGCAGGGCGGCACCACGGGCGGGGUGA